CGAGUUCCGGCCAUUGGUCCCGGUCCUUCUCGGAGCCCUGAAAUAUACGGAAGUUAGUUCCCCUGAGCGAUAAAGUUUCACAGUCGUCAUCGACGUUUUUAAUAACGAGAUUAUUUUUUUAUGGAUUCUACACAUUUCAAAGAACACUUGAUUGCACGCAGAGUGUUUUGAAGUUGAAUAAGUGUGCACUAGAUAGGCAGAGUUCUCCGCGGAAGGAUCCACACUCCGCCGGGCUCGAGCGUGGAGCGAGAUUUGAAUCGCUCUCUGCGGCUCCUGUUUAAAAGUGUUUUAUUUGUAGGAGCAUGUGUGGAGACAUUAAUUAACUUUUUAUGACGCACGAUAGUUUUUUAUAGUUUUUAGCAGCAGACCCUCUAUCGUUUAUUUUGGAUUUUGAAGCUGCUCUUGAAUCCCAAGAUCUCUGCAAACUGUGCAGAUGGAAACCACAGAGAUGAACACAGCUGGCCCAGAAGGGUCUCAGAAGGAGGACAUGUUGUCCCCCUCAGAAGAGAACACCCCUCCUGAUGUAACAGACACUUCAGGCUCCCUGAAUUUCUCCGUGCUCACCCCCCGUCGGUUUGGUAUCUCUGUCCAGAGCUUCACCCCAGCAGCCUCAUCGGACCGCAAAGAUAAGUCUCGUCUAGCACAAAUAAAGGCAAGGAGGCGUUCCAGCAUUGGUGUCCGUGGUUCACCAGAGACAAACUCCCUCAUCCGCUUCAUGGCACAACAGAGACUGAAGACUCCGACAAACUUACAAACUCCACAGGAAGAGGAAGAAACGGCGACGCAGGUUUUGAAACAAGUGGCAACAUCCAGUGAGACUGUGACAGAAACCCAGCCUGAGCUUAUUUCCCCACCUCCACCACCAGCCACCUGUUCCCCUACCAAGAUCCAACAGAAUGGUUUCUUUGAACUCCAAAGCCUCAGUCGACCACUGACUGCUGUCUCCCCUUUCCACCUCCCCUCUCUCCCUGGUCUGCUGGAGAUGAAACCCACAGACGAUGACUCCACUGGGACGUCUGCUGUUAGGAAGACAAAGAGGGUGCGCUUUGGAGGUCUGCUCUCUCCAGAGUUAUUUGAUAAGAACCUGCCUCCCAGCACCCCAUUACAGAAGGGUGGCACGCCGGCUCGAGCACCCACACCAGGCGGGGGGUUACAGCUGCGCUCACUGCUGAAGACGCCGCAGAGGAGUGAACCCCAGACGCUUCAAGCUCAGUCAGACUUCUCCAGCCCUACUGUCUUUGGUGCCUCCCCUACACUCGCAAUGCCUCGCAACUUCAGAAGGAAGUCUGUGGAAGAAGACAGUGAGGAGGAUGGAAAGAUUGUUUUCCCUUCAAUGGAGGAGAUCGACUAUGCAGUGACAAGUGAUACAGGAUAUCUGUUGGACUCCCAGCCACUGAACUUAAACUCUGCUUUCCAUGAGGAGUCUCUGUCUCAGACAGUGACAGAGUCAGAGAUUAAACCCAGCUCAACGUCUCAGAUGGUCGUCCUGGAUGAGCCUGCAUCUUCACCAGAGAAGAAGAAACCUGAAACUCCAGCUCCGGUCAGGUCUAACAAACGGAGGAAAAAGCAGCCAGAAGCAGUGUGUGAAUCUACAAGUGAGGCUCCAGCUCUCUCCGGCAGUCGAAAGAGAAAGCAACCAGAGGAGAGCGAACCUGUGAAGAGGUCGACACGCUCUGCUGCCAAGACGGCCUCUGGGAAGAUGAAGAUGACUUCUGUAGCAGCACGUCGUUGGAACAGGGACGUGGACCGCUCCCUGUACGGCUCUCGGGAAUACGCCUCUAAGAACCCCACCCUGAGUCCCAUUACUGAGAGACUGUCUAUCAUCGGUCAGUCUCCGGCUGCACAGCAGGCUCCCUCUGCAAGCUGCACAAAACACGCAGCUCCAACCCCAGAGACCCACUCGAACGCGGAGACUGCUAACAGCAGGGAAGCAACAGACGAGCUCAUUGUGACACAUGACUUAGAAAAUCCAUCAGAAGAAACCGUCAAAUCUCCAUACCCCAGUAAAGAAAGCUGUGUGAGGAAAGGCAGGAGGCUGUUGGGGCAGAGGUCCAGAGGGAGAGGAAUGAAGAAAAGGAAGGUCAGUGUUGCUGUCUGCAACUUGCUCUGUGAGGAGCCUUGCGAGGAGACUGGAGGACCAACAAAGGAGCACUGUGAAGACCAAACCACUACAAAGCCUGAGGCAUCAAGGGAAACCCCAUUGUGCCACACAGCACCUUAUCAGAGAGCAGAGGACAUAGACCUUGAAGCCAAGACUCCUGCAGAUAUACCCAGCACUAACUCAGAAGGGAAGUCAGAGUGUCCCGCCAGUCUUAAUGCUCUCCUUCCUUCAGAUAAAGAACUGAACGACUUGAGUGCACCAGCAGAGUUCUCACAACGAAAAGCCGAGGGCAGGAGCAGCUCUGUAAACAGUUCAGUUGACCAGGAGCAGGGGGACCAGGUACAGGAGCACCAAAUGAGCCAUGAAGUGGAGGAUAACCACCAGGGAGACCAAGCAGCGAACCGGCUUGAAAACUGCAGGUCGAGCUCAGGCAGUCAGGAAGAGGAGGGACCCUUUAAUUCAGACCUGGCUCCUUGGCAGGCUGACUUUAAUUUUGAAGAUGUAUUUAAAUCUGUCACCAGUAGAGGGCAGCGCUCUGUACGCCGUAGCUUGAGGAACCAGAGAAAUGAGGUCCAGAGCAUCGGGGCAGGUCUCGCCUGGCUGCCUCGUACCUCACCCGACUCGAGUAAAAAGGCCCGAAGGAAAACGCGGGGCUGCCGGCUCAGCGCUGCUCUCCCUGCCCAACCUUCAGUCUCUGAGGAGACACAGGACAACUGUUCAUAAGACUUUAAACUGACGACAGCAGAUUAAAGGGAAUAAUUGAUAUAUUCAUUCCACUGUGAUACAAACCUCACCUCCCUGUUUCAUUAGAUGCAACAAUUUUUCCAAAGAGCAACUUAAUAGUUUUACAUCUAGAAUCUGAAAUGUUUUCUCCCUGUGUGAAUUAUUAGAGCUGACCAGUUAUUUGUUGCCAGAUUCCUGCUGGUAACCAAACCAGUCAAUAUACAGAGUCCAGUCAUGUCUACUGACCAAUUCCCAAUCAAUAACUGCCUGCUCCUCAGCUGGUAAUCAAAGUGCAUCUUCAGUCUCCCUCUCCAAAGUCACUGGAUCAAGCACGUCCAAGUCGAUAUCUAUUCGUUGUGGAUAGAUGGCUUAUUCCAGGAGGAGGGGGUGGAUGGAAUUCAAUCUAUAGAUGGAUAGAAUGAAAUAAAUAGUAAUGUAGGCAGUAAAUGGGCCUUGCACACAGAAAUUGAAUCAAUAGGCUCAGGUAAUUCUGCGUUUGGCUGCUGGAAUGUUUUUUUUUUCCUCUGUCAUUCUGUUGACAUGUCCAGAAGACGUCCCUGUUUCUCCCUGUUGUUUUCAAGCUGUUGGUCCGUUUUUAGACUGGUGAUGAUUUCCAGUCAAGUUGAAUUUGUCUUGUACAUUGCAUCAAAUUAAAUGUGACCUGGUGUUUCUGCUCAAAGUCUACCUUGCUACUGUUAAAAUACUUUGCCACCCCACUUUACCACACUGCGGUAAUUUAAACAGACUAUUUAAGAUGAAUUUGGCAGCAGUUCGUCUGGAUAAACGCCUAUCUCCUCAAAUGUGAUGUUCCAGCUGUGUUCCAGCUUUCCCUUCACAUUAACCAGAACCACCAUCGUUAUAUAAAUUACUAUUCUGAUCUUCAUUUUGAACCCAGCCAAAUAUCUGGAAGUAAAAUGACCUGUGACCUUAGAUUCCACCAGCCAGAGAUUCAAAUCAGCUCCAUCCAUCUGUCAGAGAGGAACGAGCGCUAACAAAUUGAAUUUCAGACUCAGUUCACACAGGAAAAUUGGCUGCUGCAAUUAUGCAACGAUGUAAUCUAUCCAUCACAGAGUAAUUGACUCGUCCCUUCUACAUCAAGUCAGAGUUACUUGGCUGAAGGACACCAGAGCAUUCUGUGUGCUCCUGGUAUGUGCCAAGGUCUCUGUAUUCUCAUGGAAGAUGGAUGGACACAAUUGCAAACCAAGUCAUGCAGUGCUGUGUCCACCCAGUGUGGCCACGCUGCCAUCUGGUGGCGGCUUUCAGGACUUGCACAUAACCAGUUGCUCUAAGACAAUCAACUUGGUCACCUGUGAGUAGAUGAGAGAGUAGCUGACGUUAUUAUAAGGACAGGAGAUAUUGGAAUAGAUACUAAAGCGGUGCGUUGUUGGACGCCACUGCUGAGACCAGUGUGUGUGUGGUCUGUGGCAUCAUGUGCUCAUUUAAAGACUCAUCUGAUUCUUAACUGGGAAUAUCUGAAGUGUGCAGUUAUACUGGGGCA